CCCCCCUCCGGGGUCGCCAUGGCGACGGCGGGUGGCCCCCCCGCAGUGGGCGAGACGAAGGUGAUCUACCACCUGGACGAGGAGGAGACGCCCUACCUGGUCAAGAUCGCCGUGCCGGCCGAGCGCCUCACCCUCGGCCACGUCAAGGCGGCCCUGGCCCGUCCCGGCGCCAAGUACUUCUUCAAGAGCAUGGACCAGGACUUCGGGGUGGUGAAGGAGGAGAUCACCGAGGACAGCGCCCUCCUGCCCUGCUUCAACGGAAGAGUCGUCUCCUGGCUGGUGUCUUCGGAGGUCCCCCCACCUGAGCCACCACCGCCCCCUCCUCCUGUUCCCGGCGAGGUCCAUCCGGAGCCUGCUCCCCCACCACCUCCUCUUCCUCCCUUGCCCGUAGAAAGGACCAGCGGCAUCGGCGACUCCCGCCCUCCUUCCUUCCACCCAAACCUCUCGGGCAGCUGCGAAAACUUGGACCAUGAAACCGAGACGGAGUCCGUCGUGUCCCUGCGGAGAGAGCGGCCACGGCGCCGGGAGAGCAUGGAGCACGGAGGUGGGCACCGGAUCAAUGGGCAAUCCCGGCUGGAGCGCCACCUGGCUGGCUACGAGAGCUCCUCCACGCUGCUUACCAGCGAGCUGGAGACCACCAGCCUCUGCGACUCGGAUGACGACGAUGCCAUGAGCCGGUUUAGCAGCUCCACGGAGCAGAGCAGCGCCUCCCGCCUUCUCAAACGCCACCGUCGGAGGAGGAAGCAGCGCCCGCCACGUCUCGAACGGACAUCGUCCUUCAGCAGCGUCACCGACUCCACUAUGUCGCUGAACAUCAUCACUGUCACCCUGAACAUGGAAAAAUACAACUUCCUGGGCAUCUCCAUUGUGGGGCAAAGCAACGAGCGGGGAGACGGGGGCAUCUACAUCGGCUCCAUCAUGAAGGGGGGGGCCGUGGCAGCCGACGGCCGGAUCGAACCCGGGGACAUGUUGCUCCAGGUGAACGACAUCAACUUUGAGAACAUGAGCAAUGACGAUGCCGUGAGAGUACUGCGAGAGAUCGUCCACAAGCCGGGCCCCAUCGUGCUGACGGUAGCCAAGUGCUGGGACCCCUCCCCACAAGGGUAUUUCACCCUGCCCAGAAAUGAGCCCAUCCAACCCAUCGAUCCGGCCGCUUGGGUGUCCCACUCGGCCGCUCUGACGGGGGCCUUUGCCCCCUACCUGGGCAGCAGCUCCAUGAGCACCAUCACCUCGGGGACGUCCGUCACGGAGACCGAACGCUUUGACAACUUCAACCUCUCGAUCCACACGGACAUGGCUUCCGUCACCAAGGCCAUGGCGUCCCCCGAGUCCGGCUUGGAAGUCCGCGACCGCAUGUGGCUGAAGAUCACUAUCCCGGAUGCUUUUCUAGGCUCGGACGUCGUGGACUGGCUCUACCACCACGUGGAAGGCUUCCAGGACCGCCGCGAAGCCCGCAAGUACGCCAGUAACCUCCUGAAGGCUGGCUUCAUCCGCCACACUGUGAACAAGAUCACCUUCUCCGAGCAGUGCUACUACAUCUUCGGCGACUUCAGCAGCUGCGAGAACUAUAUGGCCAACCUCUCGCUGAACGACAAUGACGGAUCCAGCGGGGCCUCGGACCAGGACACGCUCGCGCCUCUGCCUCUUCCAGGGGCCACCCCUUGGCCACUGAUGCCAACCUUUCCCUACCAGUACCCGGCCCCCCACCCGUACAGCCCCCAGCCUCCGCCCUACCACGAGCUCUCCUCGUACAGCUAUGGGGUGGGAAGCGCCGGCAGCCAGCAGAGCGAAGGCAGCCGCAGCAGUGGCUCGAACCGCAGCGACGGAGGCGGAGGUGGUGGCAGCGGGGGCGGCCGGGGGACCGGGCGUCCCAAGGAGGAGAAGCCAGGGCCGGAGUCGAAAUCCGGCAGUGGCAGUGAGUCAGAAUACUCCAUCCGCAGCAGCAGCCAGCGUGGCGGGUGUGCGGCGUUGAUGCCGGGUGGGGAGGCCUCCUCACAGCGCAGCCAGCACAGCCUGGGGGGUGUCAGCGUGCGUUCCCACCCCUCCCUCCAAAGUGCCUAUGCGGCCCCCGGGGGGAUGCCCCUGGCUUACAAACCGAUGAUGGUGAUGAUGGUGCCUCCGCCGCCGCCGCCUCCUCUUCCUCCCCCCACUGUACAGCCUCCGGGCGCCCCUCCGGUGCGCGACCUGGGCUCGGUGCCCCCCGAGCUGACGGCCAGCCGCCAGUCCUUCCACAUGGCCAUGGGGAACCCCAGCGAGUUCUUUGUGGAUGUGAUGUGACGGGGGGAGGGGGAAGGGGGCACCACUUCCAACCCCCCACCCCAACUGUUCCCACCCAAAACCAGCUGAGAGGUCCAGCCUCUUCAUUUAGGGGGUCCUUCGCCCCCAAGGAUGGACCAAACCUUCUCAAUCCCAGAUUCACCAGCUGACCCUUUGCCCUGAACGAGCUGUUCACAGCCCUGAGUCGAUCCCUGUGGGCCGCAAGUCGAUCACUCCGGGUCACGAGUCAAUCCCUCCGGGCCACUCACCAAUCCCUCUGGACCGUGGGUUGAUCCCUCCAGGCCAUGAGUCAUUCCCUCCUGGCUACAAGUCGAUCUCUCCGGGCCGCGAGUUGAUCCAUCCAGGCCAUGAGUUGUUCCUUCUGGGCCACAAGUCAAUCCCUCUGGGCCAUUCACCAAUCCCUACAGGGCAUGAGUUGAUCGCUCCAGGCCACGAGUUGAUCCUUCCGGGCCAUUCACCAAUUCCUCCAGGCCACAAGUCGAUCCCUCCAGGCCGAAAUUCACUUUCCUACCUAUCACUCGUGCCUUCCGCUCCGGGGCUUGUUGGCCAAGCUGCUUUUUUAGGACCGAGGCCCGACUCAGGUCUUGCUCCGUUCAUGUUUUCGUGCCUUGCUAUGCUGAGCCAGGGAGGCUCAGCGUUCUCUGACCAGCCUUGCAAAAAAAAAAAAAAAAUCACCUCGUCUUCCUUGGGGGGGAGGGAGUGCCGAAUCCACCUCCGUCCGUCAUCCGAAUAUCUUUUCCCCCCCCCCUCGUUUCCGAGAUUUGGCGACUUGUGUGCUUCCUUUUUCCUUCCCUUCCUUUGGGUGGUUUGCAGGAAGGGGUGGGGGGUGUUGCUUCCUGCUUCUCUAUGGGGCCGUGGUCAAAAAAAAGCCAAAAUGGCCACCGCAAAGGUACGCUCCCCGUUCCAGACCUUGGCCCUGCAGCUGCCUCGUCUCGACGGUACUUUUCCCGGCCUUCUUCUCCAGAGGGUCUCCAAGCCGGUAACAAUGAAGGGGUCGUUUUGUUGUUGUUGUUGUUGUUGUUGUUCUGUGUUUGUUUUUUGUUUUUUUUAAUAGAUCGUUUUUAAUUCACAUUUUGGGGGCAGUUAAUUCCUCUUCCUUUAAACUUGUAUUAGGGGCAUCUUGUCCCCAGUUAUAUUUUUUAACACUACAGCCAGGCCUGUUUUUGAAAAGCUGGAGGGGGGGGGGCUUAUUUCUUUCCUAACUUCAUUUUGAUCCCCCUGUUUGUAUUUUUUUUGGGGGGGGGGGUAUCCCCCCCCCUCCAAAUGCCACCUUGGGGGCCUGAUUUCCUAGGUUGCUUUGUGGAUGUCCCUCCUCGUCUUUUCUCCUAAGGAGCUUUGUGGGUGAAGGAAGAACCCCAGAAAAGUUACAGAUGAGUGAACUGGGGGUAGAUUAUUCGGGGGGGGGGCUUUAAGCAGCACCCCCUAUGUCACGGAGAGGCCUCUGGAUACCCCCACUUCCUGCCCCACUUCCUUCUUCAAAUGCAAGCGGUAGGAAGUGGGGCUGGUUUUGUGCCUGUCCCUUCUUCCCCCCCCCCCCAAAAAACAACCUGCCCCCAAUCCCCUUUUCUUCCCCCCCCCCCCCCCCAAAAAAUCAGGGUGCAAACUCUGUCUACAAUGGUGUUACUUUGCCCCUUGCGCCCCCCCCCCCCCGGCCUUUUCUCUCCAGCUUGCAAGACAGGGUGGACUUCAACUCCCAGAAUUCCCUAGCCAGCAAAGGAUUUCCCAGCAUUCACCCUGGGUAGAACAGAGGUGGCUAAAAUACCUUUAGCAAUUUUUUUGGGUGGGGGUGGUGGGGUAACUUCCUUAAUAGAUGGCGGGAAUGCGGUAGACGUAAUAUAUCUCGAUUUCGGCAAAGUGAAAAACAAUUACUCAGUUUCUAAAUGGACGGCGGGAAUGCAGUUAAAGACGUAAUAUAUCUUGAUUUCUGUGGGAUUCAAAGACCGGCCAUUUCAGCGACCGCCUGGGCGGCGUUUAUGGCCUUUUAUAUGACUUUUUACACAAAACGAAAGGCAGCAGACAUUUCCGCGCUGGGACUGGAGAGCAGAUGCAGCCUUGGUGAAACUUUUAACCCCUCCUUGAGGAAUAAUAAUGAUCUCAGAAGGUGAAGAAAUCCUCUAUCGCUGCUCGUGACAACGGUGUCACAUCUGGUUGAUAAGUCCAAGGUGAUCUAAUUGCUAGCCAGCCCAGAGGGAGAUAAGGGGAAGAGGCCCAUGUAGGAAAUGUAGCGCAGUUUGCUGCUGCUACUAGCACCAUCUGCAGGAAUUUUCUUGCCACUACAGAUUUCGGCAAAGUGGGG